CCAGAAUGAUUUCUAAGCAAACUGUUUACUUAUAUCAACAAAUUAACCAAACACAAGUCACACAACACAGUACACAACUUGGUCACUCAACACAAAUACACAAUGAAGUCACAACUUAACCACUGCACUGCAUCAAAAUGUCAUAGAAAUUAAACUGAUAAACAUAACCGAUCACUACUUCACAAAGGCAGCUAUGUAUAUUAAUGUCUGAGGUCUUCUAAUAAUCCAAGAAAAAUAAACCACUAACAAUAGUACAACAGAAAACAAUAGAAGAGGCUUGUCCCAAAAUUGAAAUUACAGCACUACAUUGUGAUCUCCCAACAAACCACAUUCAAGACACCUAAAACAUUCACAACUACAUGACAUGAUAAUCAUGUUCACCAAUGGAUCAGAGAGCAUCAAAGGGACCUUGCAGAGAGCUGGUUUGUAGAGGAAGUAUCCAAAAUGUUUUAAAGAAACUUCCCAAAUGCAUCAAGUUGAUUCCAAUCAACUCGAUCCCUAGGCACAACAAAAAGCGAACAACAACAACCCCAAAAUCAUCAUCCAAGCAUCAACCAACCUCCAUGAACCCCUCUGCUUACCUAAUGGACAAAAUAAUAAAUUCACUGUUGAUGCAAGCUCACCAAAAAAAAAUUUCAACCAAGAAAAAUUAGCCAGAGAAGCAUUAUCAUAUUGAAAACCCUGUGUGAUAUCACAGAAGCAUACACAUACAUGCACAAAAACCUAAUCCCCAUAUAGGCGACACUUAGCAUAAGAAUGCUUAAGAGUUUCUUGUGACGGAGUAGGUUCCCCAAGUGUGAAUGGUGCAGCACUCAGAGUCUCACCACCAGUCCGUUUGUCAUCACCCUCCUUGGUUCCAGAAGACUCCAAGUUCUCAACCUUCACCUUCGCCAGUGACGAGACUAACCUUGAACAAACGAGAAAAGAAAAGCAGAUAAAACAUAACGAUAAAAGUAUAUAGACCUAAAGCAUUUCUUGUUAGUACAAAAUUACUCAUAGAUUUCUCGAUGGUGAUGAAGAGGGUGGUGUUGAAGAUGGAAUCUUCCUAAUUAUGCUAUGAGGAGUCUCAGAGUUACCUCUAGUAGUGUCAGAAGAAGCAAAAGAUACAUUUUCAGAAAAGCUCACAGGAACCAACUUCUGCCCUAGCAUAAACAAUGAUGGUGUUUCAAGAUGAAUGACAUCAGCCACAACUUUGACACCAGUGGCCUGCAUCAGAUUAUCAACACUGACAUGUACUGGUCCACUGCUGGCCAAACCAGGUGAUAGCAUCGUAUUUGCACAUGUUUGCACUCUUGUUUCCUGACCAUUUUAGCUCGAAUUUGUGGUUCCUUGGCCUAUUUUACUCUAGGUUGUGAUGUUUUGUCAUAUCUCAGGUUCUAGCAAGUAAAGGGAUGCAUAGGCGCAAGUUUCGGGUCAUUUGGAGGUUAGUUGGCGAUUCAAGAUUCAAAAUACAAGCAUCCCCUGCAUAAUUAUGAGCGUAGUUGCCACUGUCCUGACCGUAAUUUUAAUGUCGAGCCAAAUCCCUGAGAAUGUCUGUCGAAGAGCAAAAUACGGGCAAGAAAGGAAUGAAUUACGGUCGUAAUUCCACGAAUACUGGAAGUAAUUGGGUAAUGGCGACCGUAAUUCCCUUCAUCAGUGUUAAGUGAAACGUGCGUUUUGGGUGAAAUAAGGGCAUGCCAUGAUUACAACCAUAAUUCAGCCCGUAUUUCGCACAGAAUCGGGUUUAUGAGGCAGAUUCGAGGCAUAGGGAGCUAUUUGGAGUGGAUUACUGACCAUUGAAGCCCAUAUUGCAUCCACGGGAGUGAAGAUCGACAUCCCAGAGUAGAUUAUCCCCAUCUUUAUGAGUAUGACUGCUCUGAUUUCUGUUUUCCACUCUCUCUGUGAAGUAGAACCUUCUCUCACUUGGGUAUGAAGAACCCUAGUUCCAUGUGUUAGGAAUCUUGAUUGUAAUGACUUUGGAUUGAUAUACUGAUUGAUUUUAAUCGAUUGAUGCAUGAUUCAUUGAGCCAAUUAAAGCCUGAUCAUCUUUUCUUGAUUUCUGCUGCAACUUGAGAUGGAUAGAAUCUGAUUAGGUUGUUAGAGCUUCAUCAAUCGGUAGUAGUAGAUUGGUAAUAAAAGAGUUAAUCGAUUUACUGCUUUGUACUGGAAUCCAAUUCCAGUAGUGGAGUUCUGUGUUUAUUGCCUCAGCAGUCUAAUCCCGGUGAAGGGCUAGUUGCCUGCCGGUUAGUCUGUCAGAGAGGGCUUGGUCAGCUUAAGGAUUCCAAGCUACUGUCGGAUCUUCCGCAGUUUAAUAAACGGUAAAUCAACCAAAGGUAAUUACAACUUUGACCUAACUAAGGAUCUAGGGGGACUCAUUCCCGAGUGACUCUUCCCCUGCUUAAGAACUUCGAACCAUUUCCUGAUUUCUUACUGCUUUUGCUUAAAACCAUAUUCAAUCUACUUAGUUUGCUAGAUAAUAAAUCAUCAAGGAGUAGGCGGUAGAUCUAGACCACGGGUUGAUAAAUAGAAAUUGCCACUUUACUACAUUUCCGAGGAGCGAUACACUUGGUCGCAGUCUGGUGUUGUGUUUUAGCGUGUCAAGUUUUUGGCGUUGUUGCCGAGGACUACUAGGUUAUUGUGGAAACGUGAAAAUUUGUUACUCUAGUUUUUUUCUUUACGACAUUCUCCCUCUUCCACCUUUGUGCCUUCACGGGUUGUGUUUGCAUUCUGUGUGCAGGUAGUGCAUGACCUGUAGCAAGUUAGGUGACUUACUACCGUUAGAACAAAAGCUUGAACAGACUUGUAGGAACUUCAAGCGGGCCUUAAAGGCGCGACUGGAUUCGGAGGAGGCCCUAGCACAGCUUCAGAUCAAUCAGGAGGAAGCCAUGGGUGAGCCUCAAGACAACGAUGUGGUUGUCCCAGAUGAGCACACAAUGGGAUAUUACUGGACCAGCAGAGCCGCGGACAUGAGGUCGCCCAUCCAACACCCUCAAGUUGCUGCUAGGGGUGAACAAACACACCCGUAAACCGACCCAUUCGUCCAACCCGACCCAACCCACCCGUAUUUAUCGCUAAAACAAAGGUUUCGGGUUGGGUGAGGGUUUUCUUUUGCACAACCCGCCUCUAUUGGGUUGGGUUUGGAUUUUGGAUUACAGAACCCGUAGAACCCGACCCAACCCGUGUUCCAACUAUUGGUAGGAGUUCGUAUCCAAAAAUAUUUAUGUCAUUUAUAAUUAUGCUAAAAUUAAGAUAUUUCACCAUGUUUUUCUCUCAUUGUCUCCCUAUUUUAAUGCAUUUUUAGGUUUAAAGUUUAGACAUAAAUUUAAUAUAGCUAUGAUUCACGUAAUCCUUUUUCUUGUGUACAAUUUUAAUAGAAUAACAUAUUAUGGGUGCAUUCGUUUAUAACCUUUUUAGCGUAUUUUAACAAAUAUCGUGAAAAAAAUUAGACAUAUGUUGAAGUAAAUCAAAUUUUAUUAAAAUUGAAACAACAUU